CCCAGUAGUCUCUGACCGUUCAGGCAAAAUUCAGUAUCACACAGUCUAGUGGAGGUUUUUAUACACUUUUGUAUUUGUCUUUCCCUCUCCAUUACGUUUGUAGUUUGUCAAAAUUUCUAUAUCCUGAUUUAUUUCCACAAAUUCUAGUUUUGUGAAAUCAACCAACGAUUCGUUGAAGAACCCAUUAGGAAGAGGACAGUCCCUUUCCGCCAGGUCUUGGCAAUAGAAGAACCACAAAUUUAGAAAUAAGAAUGUCCAAAUUCAACGCCAGCUCUGGGAACCGGCACUUGACCACGCGCAGCUCUGAUGUGGACGCACUGGCUCAGCGGGGCUAUAAUGUGGGCCACAAAAUCGGUGAGGGAUCAUACGCCACUGUAAUCACAGCCGGAUACGCUGAUGAUGCCGGGCACGGAGUCCAUUUGGCUUGCAAGAUCAUAGACAAGGCGAAGGCGCCAACCGAUUUUGUCAACAAGUUUUUCCCGCGCGAGCUGGAGAUCCUCACCAAGAUCGAUCAUCCCAACAUUAUACAGAUCCACAGCAUUCUCCAGCGGGGUCCCAAGAUCUUCAUAUUCAUGCGCUACGCGGAGAACGGGGAUCUGCUGUCGCACAUCAAGAAAACAGGCCCCAUCGACGAGAAACAGUCCAAGAUCUGGUUUCUGCAGAUGGCCAAGGCCCUCAAGUAUCUGCACACCCACGACAUUGCCCAUCGGGACCUGAAGUGCGAGAAUAUCCUGCUCUCCAAGCGGCUCAACAUCAAGGUGGCCGACUUUGGAUUCGCUCGCUACUGCCGCGAUGAUAAGGGUCGGGAUGCGAAGUCUGAGACCUACUGUGGAUCCGCGGCCUAUGCUGCACCAGAGGUUGUUUGCGGAAAACCCUAUGACCCGAAGCUGGCUGACGCUUGGUCGCUUGGCGUCAUCCUCUUCAUUAUGAUGAAUGCCAAGAUGCCCUUCGACGACAGCAAUCUGACCAAGUUGCUAGAGGACCAGCGGAACAGGAAGUUCGCUUUUCGCAGGAAGCUGCAGGGUGUGAUCUCGGCCCAGGCCAAGGCGACUGUCUCGGUUCUUCUCGAGCCGGAGGCUCAUGCUCGCUGGAAUCUUCGAGAGAUUCUCAACUGCAUCUGGCUGCAAACCGCUGCAGGCGAAGAACCCAAGCCCGCUACCCCCUAAAAAGAAAAAAAGAAGUAGCAUGCUUGGCCGGGAUAGUAUUGUGAGGUGGUCAAGCCUCGUUGGAAGAGAUGACUAGCCACAUGCGUUGAUUUCACAGUUUUGGUGUAAAUUGAAGGUUCAUACCUUCCAGAUAAUAAUCAGAUGGAGAACUGCCACUGCCAUCGAAUUAAAUUGUCUCCCAAUACAAUAUUGGGAUUAGUGUGUAUAAAAAAUGCCUGAAGUCAGUAAAAGGGAUAACAAUUUUGGAUUACAAAUUUUAUUAACCG